AUGUCAGAGGUAGAGGAAACUUUGAACCGAAUCAAGACGCACAAGGGCGUCUGUGGCAUCGUCAUUGUUAACAGUGAUGGUGUUCCAAUCAGAUCGACCCUCGACAGUCAGACCACUGCCCAGUAUUCCGCUCUGAUAUCUCAGUUGGCUGCAAAGGCCAGAUCCGUCAUAAGAGAUCUUGACCCUCAGAAUGACCUGACAUUCUUGCGGGUUAGGUCUAAGAAACAUGAGAUUCUUGUUGCACCAGACAAGGACUACGUUCUUAUUGUUAUCCAAGACCCGAGUCUGGAACAGGGAGCUUCCGCAAACUGA